GCCAAAAUCAGUAGCUUUUUUAUUUGCUCUCUUCUUGUUCUUCUGACACAGAAACCUAAAAGGCAAAUGAUUUGUUAGAAGGGAGGUCUUCUAAAUUUCAGAUGUCCAUAUCAUGGUGUUUAAAGUCUUUUUCCCUCUUUGCUGCGCUUCAGCCGAAAGUGGCCUUCUGAUUGGACGAUGGAUUCCGGAACAGAACUCUGUUGUUAUCCUGGCUGUAAUCCAUUUCCCUUUGAUUCCUGGUCAGGUGAAGCAGUAUCUCUCCAAAAUGCAACACGCCACUCAAGUCCAACUGUCUGUGUUGGGUUCUUGGACUAACAGCAAAGAAAAACAGAGUCUGGAGAGGUUCCUUGAAGACCUGGGCACAAUCUUUUCUCAGGGCCCCUGGAUCCAACUCAGCAGAGGAAAAGGCAGCAAGUUUUGGAACUGCUUUGCCACCUGGAAGGAAUCCAGCAGCAGCGAUGUAGAGGAAAUCAUCGUGGUUUAUUAUGACCAGCGCAAAGUGAUGCUAUCGCAGCUUCACCCUCUUAACAAGUGCGUGGUUUCUUCUGACCAGACGGCAGCAGAUGCUUCCAAGCUAGCUGCUGUGUUUGACACUGUUGCAAAAAGCAAGCUGCUGUUCAUGAAGGAUCGCUAUGACGAGGGGCCCAUUCAGCUCACCCACUGGCAGUCGGAAGGCGUGGAGGCCAGCAUUAUCAUAGAACUGUUGAAACAGGUGUCUGUCCCUGCAUGUGUGCUGAUAACGUUCCUCCUUUCACUUGUGUCUGGCGUCUGUAAAAGCAGGGCGCUGACAUUUUGGCCCCUGUCUUUCAUCUGGAGCAAACUCUCAACCUGUGAGCAGUUGAGGCAUCGGUUCCAGCACUUCCAGAUCAUCAGCAAUGAGAAAGCGGCUCCUGAUCAGACCCAGCUGAUGAGAAAAGCCAAUAUCUUUGUCUCUCUCCUCAUUGACGUGGCUCUGGGUAUUCUGCUCAUGUCCUGGUUGUAUCAGAAGAACUGGACUGGUUAUCUUGCCAGUGCCCUCGUCCCAGUGGCUGAUCAUAUUGCCCAGCAGCUCCAGAACCUCCUGCAGUGGCUAAUGGGUGUGCCAGCUGGUUUAAAAAUGAACAGAGAUUUGGAUCAGGUGCUGGGCCGUUUUUUUCUUUACCACAUCCACCUCUGGAUUAGCUAUAUCCAUCUGAUGUCUCCAUUCAUUGAGAAGAUCCUGUGGUAUGUUGGCUUGUCAGCUUGCCUCGGCCUGACCGUGGCCCUUUCCAUCCUCUCCGACAUCAUUGCACUCCUGACGUUCCACAUCUACUGUUUUUAUGUCUAUGGAGCCAGGCUGUAUUGCUUCAAGAUUUAUGGCUUGUCAUCUCUGUGGCGCCUGUUCCGUGGGAAGAAGUGGAAUGUCUUGAGGCAACGAGUAGAUUCCUGCUCCUAUGACCUAGACCAGCUAUUUAUUGGCACUUUGCUGUUCACCAUCUUGCUGUUUCUGCUGCCCACAACUGCUUUGUACUACUUGGUUUUUACUCUGCUCCGUCUGCUGGUGGUACUUGUGCAAGGCGUAAUCCAUCUCCUGGUGGACCUCAUAAACUCACUGCCCUUUUAUUCUGUUGUUCUUCGGCUCUGUCGAGACUACAGACUGGCGUCUGGUGUCAAAUUCAGAGUUCUGGAGCAGGAAGCUGGCAAACCUCUUCGACUUCUAAUGCAGAUCAACCCUCUCACUUAUGGCCGCGUGGUACAGACGUAUAGGCUUCCAACAUACAGCUGCUACCCCAAGGACUCUUGGGCUUCUCUGUGCAAGAAGUUGUUCGUUGGAGAGCUCAUUUACCCUUGGAAGCAUAAGGAGGAGAAGCAAGACUGAUGGGGGACAACCUAAGACACCUUGGAGAAACAGGCCACUUUUCAUGCUAAGGCACCUUGGAAACAGCUCUUGCCAACUGGACCUUGUUUUUACUUCCUUUGCCAAGAACUUGAGGGUAGGAAGUUCCUAUGGAGUCGAUGAAUUCCUCGCUCUCCUUCCACCACGAGCUGUUCUUUUCGAUCAUGUCAUCUGAUUUAACCUGGCAUUAGAACUGCUUCUCUGGAAACAUCAGAGUACAGAAUCACCAUAAUAACCUGCUGCGCCUUGGAGAAAAGGGUUUGGGGCAUGUUGUGAUACUGCAAGGCACCCCCUGUGUGGUAUCCAGCACACAGUUCCAUUUCUGAAGAACCCGCACUUUCUCUGCACCAAGAUGCCGUUUUCUGCAGCUCCUUUUGUGAAAAUGUAGCUGAACGUCUACACCAGGGUUUCU